UAUUUUGCAACAAUUUGUGUUUUUUUUUAAAUUCACUCAUAAAUAUUGCAUUGUCUGAUGUUUCUAAAUCAGUUUACAUUUUUUAAGAGUAAUAAGUGUCAACUUAGUUCUACUGCAGAUACAAUCAGUUAAUUAUUGUGUGGUCAAGGGGGAAAAAAACGCAAUUGUACUGAUUGAACCAAAAACAUGUAUCACUCCGUAGACUCGCAUGUUCCAAAGAUACAUGAUGAGGAAAAUGAAAAAUCCAAUCCAACACUUGAGUUAGUACUGGUUAUUCUGUCUUACUUCAUUGUUGUUGUUACAUUUCCUUUGACAGUGCUAUGUACAUUUCAGAUUGUUGCAGAAUAUGAAAGAGCCAUAAUAUUCAGAUUGGGAAAAAUAAGAGGAGGUCCACAAGGCCCAGGCUUAUUUUUUAUCGUCCCAUUUAUUGACACUGUUGAAAUAGUCGAUCUGCGUACUGUAUCUAUGAUUAUUCCUCAACAAGAGGUCUUAACUAGAGAUUCUUGCACUGUACUCGUCGGAGCUGUUGUUUAUUACCACAUUGAAGAUCCUUUGUCUGCCAUACUUCAAAUUUUCAACUACAGGAAGGCCACAAAUCAUUUAGCUGCUUCAACUUUACGAAGUGUGCUUGGACAGAAAGCGUUGUCAGAUAUAAUGUCAAAUCGUGAAUCGAUAGCACAGCUAAUGCUAGAAUUCCUGGACAAAGCUACUGACUCCUGGGGAAUCAAAAUUGAACGAGUUGAAAUAAAAGAGAUUCGACUGCCACCUCAAAUGCAGAAAGCGAUGGCUGCAGAAGCGGAGGCUGAAAGAGAAGCAAAAGCCAAACUGAUUGUUGCCGAAAGUGAAAUAGUUGCAGCACAAUCGCUUCAUGAAGCUUCUCAACAAUUUGAAAAUGACCCGAUUGCACUACAACUUCGUUAUCUGCAGACCCUCAAUACACCUGGGGAAAAUCAACAAACUGUAGUUUUUCCAGUCAAUCUUUUUUGCCCAUUAUUAUCAAGAAGAAAUUAGUAAUUUCUCUAUCAGUAUCUAUUGUAAAUUUCAUAUUUUAAUUUUUUUAAUUUUUUUUUUACUUUUUAAAAUUAAAUCAUAAAGGUUUUCUACAUCA